AGUGACUGCAAGAACUUACCGUAAAAUUGUAACAAUUAAGUUUAGAUUUGUAGAAGAAAGCAGACGACUUUCCGAUCGGACAUGGCAUUACAGCUUGUAAAUCGUAUAUUAUUACAAAAGUAUUGCCCUCCGAUUUACACUUCCUCAUGUCCACAUCUUUUUCUAUCCUAGAUAAACUUUUUUCUUCGAGGUGUAAUUUAUAAGAAUUUUCCAAUUUUGCUUUCUCUUCGAUAGAUGCGUUUUUAUAGGCUUCACAGUCGUCACAGGUAUCUUCUUUUGGAAUAAAAAAUCAAAUUAUGACAAAUAUUUUCAUACAAUUUUGGGGCAAGAAUGUCUCAAGUGAACACUUCUGACUUUGUGGUUCUAUUUUCUAUUACAAGCAGCAAGUAAUACUAUCAUUUUGUACAAUUAUGUCAAUAUUGUCCCAGAAAAUGUACUAAAUAUAACCUAGAAAUCGUUCAGAUUUAAUUUUAUUCCAUUUUAAUUAUAAAUUAAGGAAUAUUUAUGUACAGUACUUACAAAAUGUAACCUACGUUUUAUUCUUAUUCUUAGCUAAAAUAAAAUUAUGGAAGGACGAGGUAAAAAAUUAGUGCAGUUGGUUCUAUUAGACAAAGAAAGCCAUGACGAAUGUGAAGUCAGGGAUAUAGAGCCAACUUUAUCGAUAGCACCGAGAUCUCCUUCCAUUUUAAAAUCUCAUGAUGGUGAUUUAAUAAAACAUUCCAUUACGAAUGUUGUUGAAUCUUCAAACAUCCGUGAUGAUAAAACUCAGCCUAUUAGAGUUUCCGACGAUGGAAACUCAUCUGGACAUGCCUUUUCUGGAACCGAAGAAGAGCAAUAUGUACCUAAACCAUCAUCUAGCUCAAAUAUUAGUAUAAAUGCUGUUGAAUCUUCAAGCAUCCAUAAUGAUCAAACUCUGCCCAUAAGAGUUUCCUACAGUGAAAACUCAUCUGAACAAGACUUUUCUGGAACUGAUGAUGAUGAGCAAUAUGUGCCUAAUCCGUCAACUAACUCGCAUAGUAGUAGUAGCUCUAGCAGCAGCUCUAGCAACAGCUCAGAAAGUUCUUCGUCAUCGGAAUCUGACCAUGAAACGCUUACCACUGGAAAUAUCAACCAAGAGUCCGGACCAUCGACCAUGAAACGUAGUAGAAAACGUACUCGCAAUCAAAGCAAAUGGAAAAAAAAUGUUGCCAAAAUGCUGAAAAAUUCUGGUCAGCAAUAUACUUCAUUAAAAACUGGUAUGGUUAAAGCAGCUAAAAUAAUGGGUCCGACUUGUUCAGAUAAAUGCCGGCUGUCUUGUUCAUCAAAAUUUUCGACAGAAAAGAGAACUAAGCUAUUUGAUGCGUAUUGGCAGUUAGGCCAAUUACAAAGGCAGCGUGAUUAUUUGGCAUCUUGUGUGAGACUUUUAGAGUUAUCGUAUCGGAGAAUAAAAGAAUCUCGUAAAAAUAAUCCCAGGAAACCAAACACAACUUUUUAUUUAUACAAUGAUGAAAGAGAAGUUAGAGUAUGCAAGACAUUUUUUAUGAAUACUUUGGGUGCCACUGAACGAAUUUUACGUACAGUUAUAGAAUGCAAGUAUAAAGAUGAAGGCCAUAACAUUAUGAAAGAAGAUGGAAGAGGAAGACAUGGCAAACAAAUCAGAUUGGACGAAGAAAUAAAGCAAUCUGUGUAUGCUCCGAUAGCAGAUCUAAUGAGUUUAAAACGCUAUCAACAGAUUCGUAGAUUUCUACACUUUGCUGAUAAAAGCUUAGAAGAUACUGAUAGAUAUUACAAAGUAAGACCAAUAGCAGAAAAAAUAAGAAAAAACUGUUUGCUGCAAGAACUCGCACGUAAUUUUUGA